CUCAACGCAAGAGCAAAAGCAGUAGCGCACUGGAUCCCAACCCAUACGCAGCUCCCUAAAACCUCAGGACGCUCCUCCGCCAUGGCUACUCAGCCUACGCUAGUUACACUACCAUACCAGACUACCAGUUCACCAGCUUGCAUCAACCCUACACCCCCGAAAUGCCACCCACAAAAACCGCUAUCCCUCAGCGAAUUUACUGAAAAAUUAAAUUGAAACAGAGAGUGGAAAGAAACAUGCUUAGAAGAAGACUCGCUUCCCUCGUCUCCUCCUCAAUCCUAAUUCCUUCAUUACGCACCAAAACCAUUCCCCAACCCCAGUCCCUGCAGUUCGUACAGAGGCCUCUGCGUAUUUCUAGUGUUAACCAUAAUGGGCAUCUGGGUUUUGACGGUUUUAGGGCUUAUAGCCUUCUGAGCCUGAACGAUCUGAGGGAUAAGGUGCCCAGGAAGCAGAAGACGAGGAAGGGCCGAGGGAUUGGGUCCGGGAAGGGCAAGACGGCUGGGAGGGGUCACAAGGGCCAGAAGGCGAGAGGGUCUGGGAAGCUCGGAUUUGAAGGGGGUCAGACCCCGCUUCGCCGGCGGUUGCCUAAGCGUGGCUUCAAGAACCCAUUUAGCCUUACUUUUCAGCCAGUAGGGUUGGGGAAAAUUGCCAAACUUAUAAAUUCAGGGAAAAUAGAUUCUUCUGAAUUAAUUACAAUGAAAACACUCAAGGAUACAGGGGCAAUAGGGAAGCAGAUAAAAGAUGGAGUAAGAUUGAUGGGGCGUGGUGCUGAACAAAUAAAUUGGCCAAUUCAUCUGGAGGUCUCAAGGGUCACUUUUAGGGCAAAGGAAGCAGUUGAAGCUGCUGGUGGGUCUGUCAGAAGAGUUUAUUACAACAAAUUGGGCUUCCGAGCACUGCUCAAGCCCGAGUGGUUUGAAAAGAAGGGCAGGUUGUUGCCAAAAGCAGCUAGGCCUCCACCGAAACAAAGGGAUAAAGUUGAUAGCAUUGGCCGAUUGCCUGCCCCAACCAAACCUAUACCGUUUUCAGUUGACGAGGACAUAUCCUCCAGUUCAUCUGCAUAAUAAACCAACCAAAGUUUGUUGGCUCAUUUGAGAAUUUGUAUCUUGAUGCUGAGCAAAUUGAGCAAUUAUGUUAGCUAAUUUGUUCUUGCUGGAGUUUAGAUGGAGUCCUUUCAGAAUCUUUGCACAGGGCUAGCUUUUGCUCUGCAAACCAAAUUCUGAUCGAAGACGGGGCAAAUAUUUUUUGAGCAAAUCAACAAAGCCAAGGAAGCUUGUACUCUAUCAUUUGUCUACAUUAUUUCAAACUUUUUUUUUUUUUUUUAAUUUUAUAUCUUGGACGUUUUGUUGAACACUGGAUCAACGUAUCUAGACACAUUUGGGUUCUUAGUUUCUUGAUUAACUAAAACCAGUUUGAUGUAUAGAAACUAGAAAGUUUUACUUGA